AUGAAUGAAGAGGUCAAAGAACUUGUAGCCAGACCUAGUCUCUGUAAUCCGUUUGCUGAACUUGAGAUGCAAAACAUAAUGUUACGUGAUCAGAAAGCCGAGUUAGAUGAACAGCUUCUCGGAGCUAUGCAACAAAUGUUUAAAAACGCUGAGGCCAAAACAUCUGAAUUACAGAAUCUACUAAAGAAUGAAGUAACCCGUAUCAGAGCUACACUUACCAACAAUGAGAAUACUUACUCUGUUCAACUAGUAAAGGAUAUUGUUAAACUGCAAAAUAAAUUAAAAGAGUUUACUCAACUAGACAAUGAGCAAAUUGCCCUCAUUGAACAAAGGGUCACGGGGCUGUUGCAGAAUUAUCAGUGUCUAACUGGUUCUCCAACAAAGUCAAUCGUCAGCGGUGUACUGCAAAGGUAUAUUAUUGAGAAAGUGCUAACAUGGGCGAAUGCAUAUUUCAAGCUAUGUAUCGAGGACCUGAAUAAGAAAACUCAUAACGAGCUUGCGCAGUGCAAUAAGGAUGAACUAGACAAGUUUCUGGAAGGAAAUAUCUUGAGGAUAACAGCAAACCUGUACCGUUCUAUUAAAGAGUUUUCCAAGAGACGUAAUGGAGAGGAUGAACUAACACAUGUGAUGGGAGCAAAGAUACAUCAGCAAGUAUAUGCUGUACUUGGCAGCUGUGGUUUUGCAUCAGUCGAUCAUCUGUUUGUGGUAAAGGCCGUGAAAACCUUGCUGAACGAGCUCGACAAAUACCGCCAGUUUAAGGAUCAAUCAAAAAAGAAAGAUACCGAAGAAUUAGCAUCUUCCAUCAUCCUUGAGACUGUUUGUAUAUUCCACUUUAAAUUCCAGGCCCAAGUCCCCGUCGUCGAGUAUCAUUUCUUCGAGAGCAGAGACAAAUUCGAUCCCAUGACGAUGGAAUGCAUUCAAGAGGAUGAUGAAGAUGGUGAAAAGCAAUUUGUUGAGAUAUGUUCAUUCCCACUGAUUGGGGCGAAUAUUUUUACUUUGGACAAAGGGAAGAGACAGAUUUUCAGCAGAGCGAAAGUCCAACUGAGACUGGAUUCUUCUAUCGAUG